AUGGUGACCGAUAGACGGUGGCGAAUUCUACACUUGACGUUGGGCAUUUGUUUCCUGACUGUCGGUCCUGCGGUCGAGGGAAAAGAUUUGCCUAGCAAUUUCGAAAAGUGUCACCGUAGCGACACCCAGUUCGAUCGCUGUCUACGGAACGCGGUUAAUGGAGCCAUCAGGCUGUUGAAGGAUGGACUGCCAGAGUUUGGUAUCUUACCUUUGGAUCCGCUGGCGGUGGACGCCCUGUCGUUCGAGCAAAACCCUUCGUCCCCGAUCACGUUGCGGCAACACUUUACCGGAGUUCUGUUGAGCCAUCUCACCGAUUCGACCAUCGUGAAGUAUCGAACCGAUUUGAAAAAGCUCAUCAUCAAGGCGGAAGCAGUCACCCCGCGGGUACAGUUUGUCGGAAACUAUACGAUGAACGGGCGGAUACUGCUGCUACCCAUCACCGGGAAGGGUUUGGCCAACAUUACCCUGCACAGGCUGAAAACGUACCACGAGCUAAUCGGAGAGCUGGUCGAGCGGAACGGCGAACAGUUCAUGCACAUCCGGAAGUAUAUUGUGCACUUUGAACCGAAGCUUGUAACGUUUCAGUUCGAGAAUCUGUUCAAUGGUGAUCCAAAUUUGGGAAGAACGAUGAACCAGGUACUGAACGAUAACUGGGAGGUCGUCUUUGGAGAGCUGCGCAAUUCGUACGAGGAAACUUUCGGGUACAUUUUCAAGAAGAUCUCGAAUCAAAUCUUUCUGAAGGUGCCGAUGAAUAAAGUCUUUCCCGAGUAG